AUGAAGUUCUCGCACAGCAUCCAAUUUAAUGCAGUUCCUGAUUGGAGCACCCAUUAUAUUGCAUACAGCAAUCUGAAAAAGCUAAUCUAUACCCUCGAAAAGCAGGUCAACCGACCUGAACAGGCUGGUACAGAUGUUGAAUCGGCCCCAUUGUUGGGGUCUCAAAUCAGCAACCCAGAUGCUGUCUUCAAACGAGCUUUGGAUAUGGAGUUGGAGAAAGUCUGUUCUUUCUAUAAACAUAAGCAGACGGAAAUACUCGAGUCUACAGACGACUUGAUGCGCGACGCAUCUGUCUACUUGUCCGAAACUGAUGGUGUCAAUAUGGAACCUGUGAGCCAAACCAUCGUCAAGGCCAGGACCCUGAGCUCGUCUUCACGCCGCGGAGGUGGCAAUACCUUUCGCAGUGUUGGAUCUAAUCAACGGCGACGGUCUAGUACAAUCAGUGACGAAGAUGGGGAUAGUGACGAUGAUCAGUCCGCUUCGGCACCAAGACGCAGAAUGGUACCAUCGGUAGACGGAGAUUCUACUGUAGAAUAUGCUCAUAAUGGCGAUAUGGUAGACUCUACCUUCUUCGGGCCAUCGAGCAGCCGGCUAAUGCUCGGUUCUGACGUGGAUGACAAUUUGGUGGCUCUCUACCAUACUGGAGUGUCUCUGAAGAAACGUCUGAUCGAAAAUUAUGUUUCCCUCUGUGAGCUGAGAUCAUUCAUUGAGCUGAACAAGACCGGAUUCUCCAAGGCACUGAAGAAAUAUGACAAGACAUUGUUUCGUACCUUGCGCCGGGACUAUCUUAAAUCUUUUGUGGAACCCGCUUCACCCUUUACAGACGCGACGAUGGCUGUCAUCGAUAAUCAUAUCAAGCAGGUUGAGGGCAUCUACGCCGACAUUGUCACCAAAGGCAAUCAACAUCUAGCCAAGCGCGAGCUACGCUUGCACCUUCGAGAGCAUGUGGUCUGGGAGCGAAACACUGUUUGGCGUGAGAUGAUCGAGAUCGAACGUCGUGGACAGGCAGCGAAUGUGGGUAUCCGUCAGACUCUUCUAGGAGGCGAUGAGAACUCGUCCACAUCGAGACGUCAAGGUGACAAGCAAGAAAUAACUACCAAAGAGGUCAUAACUCCAAUUGGUCGGAUUCAGUUUCCCUUAUGGCUCUGUAGCUUCGGCUUUUGCACAUUGGUUUUCAGCUUUGCUGUCUUCGGAGCCUUGCUUUCGAUACAGAUAAUGGAAACCCCUGAGCAGCAGAAUUGUCUAGCGAUGUUGGUACUGGUCAGCCUGCUGUGGUCCACUGAGGCCAUUCCCCUUUUCGUCACUUCGCUACUGAUCCCCUUUCUUGUGGUCGUUUUACGCAUUAUGCGGUCGGACGCUAAUCCUCAUGCUCGACUGGGCACUAAGGAAGCAACGAGCAUGGUGUUUGCAGCUAUGUGGACCCCUGUGAUCAUGCUUCUUCUCGGUGGAUUUACCAUUGCGGCAGCGCUAUCUAAAUAUGACAUCGCUCGGCGUAUGGCUAUGUUCGUGCUCAGCAAGGCCGGGUCAAAGCCGCAUAAUAUGCUUCUGACAAAUAUGUUUGUGAGCAUGUUCUUAAGUAUGUGGAUUAGCAAUGUUGCUUCUCCCGUGCUGUGUUACUCCAUUAUUCAACCCCUGCUGCGCAACCUGUCUCCAGACUCGAAUUUCGCCAAAGCUCUUGUGUUGGGCAUCGCGUUGGCAGCAAACGUCGGUGGAGCGGCAUCCCCCAUUGCUUCUCCGCAGAACAUCAUUGCUUUGCAAAACAUGUACCCGAGUAUCAGCUGGGGCACUUGGUUCUUCAUCGCACUGCCUGUCUGCAUAAUUUCCAUCCUGUUGAUCUGGGUGCUGCUCCUGGUGACUUUCCGCUUGGACCGCAACGAAACCAUCGUUCCGAUGCGCCCGGUCAAGGAUCGUUUCACAGGCAUCCAAUACUUCAUCACCUUUGUCACCCUUGGUACCAUAGGUCUCUGGUGUGUAAGCCACCAACUUGAGCACAUAUUCGGUGACAUGGGCGUUAUAGCCAUUAUCCCUCUUGUCCUCUUCUUUGGUACCGGUAUCCUUAACAAGGAGGAUUUCAACAACUUCCUCUGGACAAUUAUCAUUCUUGCAGCCGGUGGUCUCUGUCUCGGCAAGGCCGUUACCUCAUCCGGGUUGUUGCAUACCAUCGCUGCUGGUAUCACAGCACGUGUCGAGCAUUUAAGCCUUUACGGCGUGCUUCUCGUCUUCUCGGCAUUGAUUCUUGUCAUUGCCAGUUUUAUCUCGCACACCGUCGCCGCACUGAUAGUUCUGCCCCUGGUUCGCCAGAUUGGUGUCAGUAUGGAGGAUCCCCACCCAAAUCUGCUCGUCAUGGCCAGUGCGCUUAUGUGCUCUGUGUCAAUGGCGUUGCCGACAAGUGGAUUCCCUAAUAUGACUGCUAUCAUGACAGAAGUUCCUCAAACCGGCCAGCGCUACCUCCAUGUCAAACACUUCCUCACCCGUGGUAUCCCAGCGAGUCUGAUGGCCUUUGUGGUUAUCGUGACUAUCGGAUACGGGCUGAUGUAUGUGGCAGGACUGUAA